GCGAAAAAAUGCUCGAAAAAUUCCUUCAAUCCGUAUCAUUAAGCGAAGCAAUCGAUUUCCAUUAUCGACAGAUUCCUCCGCGCCACAUAGCUCUCGUUGCUCGUCGCAGACUCAUUUCGACCAUCGGAGCUGCUGGAGGAACAAGAACGAGAAACAAAUAAAUUUGCAUUUCGUUUCAUAAGCUGAACGGUGCGUUUUGGCUGAAUGGAGGGCCGGGGAAGGAAGGGCUAGCGGAGGGAAGCUGACAGCCUCCACGUGACUGGGAAGUAUUGGUUUAUCAUUUUAGAUCUUUUGGAUUUCCGUUUAGGAACGGAGCAAGCAGGUGAUUGAAAAUGAGCAAAUAGCUUCCCCCUUUUUCGCCCGCUAAUUAGUUGUUGAUUGCUUAUCACCGGCACAACGGAAAUUUAUGCGUUAACGGAAUUAGAAUCUUCAUAUGCUUCCUUGGUUCUGUCUCCAUUUACUUCAUAAUUUGUAUUGCUAGGAAGCUAGCAUCAUGGUUCACGGAUAAGUUUUGAGCUUAGUGUGUUCUGUUUUGCAUAGAUGCUAUAACUAAAUACCUAAAUUUCGUGUCCCGGAUGCAGUUUUGAGGUGUUGAAUAAUUUGAGCUCGAUAGAUGGCGACAUCAGUACAUAUGCGGCAAAUUUUAUCGGGAACUUCCCCUCGUUUCUUCCAGUUUGAGACAUGUUCCUAUGAUGUUAACUCUGUAUGGUCCAGGUCCAACAAAUCCAAUUUAUGUAACAGAAGAAAAAGAAUUUCGGUGUAUGUGCUAGGGAAAAGAAGUUCAAGAAUAUGCCUGACUUCCAAGAAGAGAAGUACAUUAGAGGUUAUAGAUUCUGAAUUCCAUGGCAUGACUGAUCGUGGCCGAUUAGAAUCCGUUGUUUGCAAUUGUCAACGGAUAGACAGUGUUGGCAGCUCAGCAACUGAGGAUCAAGACAAUCCAUGGUCCUGGGGCACGGAAAAACGAUCAUCAGGGUCUCUUGGUGGGAAUUUCGAUGGUGGUAAGUCACACGGAGAAGCUCCUGAGAUUGAUGCGCCAGUCGAACACACAAAUGGAAGUAUAAUAUCCAACGGAAAGUCAACUAUGGAUGGACUUGCAAAAGAAACAUUGCACGAGGUCAGUGAGAAUUCAAUUGAGGAUGAAGCAUGGAAUUUACUGAGGGACUCCAUUGUUUACUAUUGCAAUAACCCUAUUGGAACAAUUGCUGCAAAUGAUCCAAGCAGUAGCAGCAUCCUGAACUAUGAUCAGGUUUUUAUUCGUGACUUCAUACCUUCUGGGAUAGCAUUUCUCUUGAAAGGAGAGUAUGAUAUCGUACGGAACUUCAUUCUUUAUACACUUCAGUUACAGAGUUGGGAGAAAACCAUGGAUUGUCAUAGCCCUGGUCAAGGAUUGAUGCCUGCAAGUUUUAAGGUGCGGACUAUUCCCCUUGAUGGAGAUGAUUCUGUAACUGAGGACGUCUUAGAUCCUGAUUUUGGUGAAGCUGCCAUUGGUCGUGUGGCACCAGUUGAUUCUGGACUUUGGUGGAUUAUAUUGUUGCGAGCAUAUGGGAAAUGUUCCGGAGAUUUCUCUGUGCAAGAGAGAGUUGAUGUGCAAACUGGAAUCAAAAUGAUUUUAAAGCUGUGUCUUGCAGAUGGUUUCGAUAUGUUUCCAACUUUGCUGGUGACAGAUGGUUCUUGUAUGAUAGAUCGUCGUAUGGGAAUUCACGGUCACCCUCUUGAGAUUCAGGCAUUGUUUUACUCAGCAUUGCUGUGUGCACGUGAGAUGCUUGCUCCUGAAGAUGGAUCGGCUGAUCUUAUUAGGGCUCUAAACAGCCGUCUUGUUUCAUUAUCAUUCCACAUAAGGGAAUAUUACUGGAUUGAUAUGAGAAAACUCAAUGAGAUCUACAGAUACAAAACGGAGGAAUAUUCAUAUGAUGCUGUUAAUAAAUUUAACAUCUAUCCUGAUCAAAUUCCCUCGUGGUUGGUGGAAUUCAUGCCAGCUAAAGGAGGUUAUUUGAUUGGAAACCUGCAACCCGCUCACAUGGACUUCCGUUUUUUCUCUCUUGGGAACCUAUGGUCUAUUGUAAGCAGUCUGGCCACUGCAGAUCAAUCACAUGCCAUCUUAGACCUGAUUGAAGCAAAAUGGUUAGAGUUGGUGGCUACCAUGCCAUUCAAGAUAUGCUACCCUGCUCUUGAAGACCAGGAAUGGCGUAUUAUAACCGGCAGUGACCCUAAAAACACUGCUUGGUCCUACCACAAUGGAGGCUCUUGGCCAACUUUGCUCUGGCAGCUUACGGUCGCAUGCAUUAAAAUGAAUAGACCAGAGAUCGCUUUAAAGGCAGUCCAGGUAGCUGAGAGACGGUUAUCAAACGACAAGUGGCCUGAGUAUUAUGAUACAAAGCAAGCAAGGCUUAUUGGAAAACAGGCACGACUUUUUCAAACAUGGUCUAUUGCAGGAUACCUUUCGGCAAAGCUCUUCCUAGCCAAUCCAAAUGCUGCAAAAAUCCUCAUGAACGAAGAGGAUUCAGAGCUUAUAAAUGCUAUGCUAAGUGCCAACCCAAGGAGGAGGGGACGGGGCAGGAAGAAGCAGAGCUUUAUAGUCUGA